GGUCUCUGCGAUGAACUCGCCCUCGUUGAUGUCCUGGAAGACAAACUGAAAGGAGAAAUGCUGGAUCUGCAACAUGGAAGCUUAUUUCUGAAGACACCUAAGAUCAUAGCAGACAAGGAUUAUUCUGUGACCGCUAAUUCAAAGGUGGUGGUUGUAACCGCCGGUGUCCGCCAGCAGGAAGGAGAAAGCCGUCUGGACUUAGUUCAGAGGAAUGUAAACGUCUUCAAAUUCAUUAUCCCACAAGUUGUGAAAUACAGCCCAAAUUGCAUGAUUCUGGUGGUUUCCAACCCAG